GAAAUGUAGUUCCUACUAAAGAUAUUGCUCGACAUUGCAAGAGGUGUCGAGUUAAAAAAAAUGUAACAUUUGUUUAAUGUUCUAGCUAGUCUUAACGUGUCUGUCGUUUGAAAAUUAAAUCAACAACCCUAGUAGGUCACGUUUCAAUAUCCAUCAAUAGUACUUGGAAAAUGUUACCAAAACUUAUAUACAUGUGUUUUAGCUCGCUAACCAGAUUAUCACUAAAAUAGCUAACAAGCUAAUGUUGUUAUCCACGGUCCGUCCCACUUGCAGCACAACGGUAUCCUAUGCUUUCCACUGUUUCAAAAUGACCUCGCCUUAUUUCGUUGAGAGUACCGCGGUCAUCACUCGGAGCGGUGACAAGACCGUGCCCCGUGCCGGUUUAGCCACGACGUUAAAAACUAGGAUGGAGAGGAGAGUGUUGAGGGCGCACGUGAAACAGGAGGAAGACGAUUCGAGCGUAUCAAAUCAGAGUUUGGGACGAGACGUUUCAGAUGGGACAAGCUGUAGCCUAAAACAACAACUAAGAGAUGACGACAGUCUUCAGAGAAAGAGAGCCUAUGGCCUGGCUAUAUGCACACAGUCUGAAUACACCCAUAAUAUCUUUGACACAGAUAUUGGCUCUUCUAGGUUCCGUCACUCAUCCAUCGGCCAAUCACAAGCUGAGCCAGACAAAGCCCUGUCCCUGUUACCACUGGCACCCAUCCUGCGUAGGAGGCGGGGCCAGGUGAAGUUGGAAUAUGAUGGGAAGGAGGAGCCUAAACACUGGGAGCCUCCUGAUUGGAGCAAGCAGCUGGGUCAUGUGCGUCAGAUGAGGAGCGCCAGGGACGCGCCUGUUGACCUCAUGGGGGCGGAGAAAUGCUACGACACACAAGCCCCUGAUGAGGUGCGACGUUACCAGGUGCUGGUGUCUCUGAUGUUGUCAAGCCAGACAAGGGACCAGGUGACCAGUGCGGCUCUGCAGAGACUCAGGGCUCAUGGCUGUACAGUGGACAACAUAGUCAACACUGACGAUGACACACUGGGACAACUCAUCUACCCUGUUGGCUUCUGGAGGACCAAGGUGAAGUACCUGAAGCAGACAUCAGUGAUGCUCCAGAGGGAGUUUGGAGGGGACAUCCCUAACACAGUGGAGGGCCUGGUAGGUCUACCUGGAGUAGGACCCAAGAUGGCUCACCUGGCCAUGGACAUCGCCUGGCACCAGGUCUCUGGCAUAGGUAGUCUUCCACAAGCUUCCCACAACAAGUUGGGUGAAUUUUGGCCCAUUCCUGCUGACAGAGCUGGUGUAACUGAGUCAGGCGUGGACACACACGUCCACCGUAUCUCCAACAGGCUGGGAUGGACGAGAGGUGGGACCAAGCACCCAGAGGAGACACGCAAGGCCCUGGAAGACUGGUUACCAAGGGAUCUAUGGAGUGAGAUCAACUGGUUGCUGGUGGGGUUUGGUCAACAGGUGUGUCUACCUGUCAAUCCUCUCUGCUCCGUGUGUCUGAACCAGCACAGCUGCCCCUCUGCCCACCAAGCCUCCCCAGCCAAGAGGACUAAAGCUGGGUCACCUCGCUCACCACACUCCCCCAAGACCUCCAGGGUCAAGCUGGAGCCUGGUUCUCUUGGUUUGGGGUUACCACCCCCCUCCUUCUCAACCACACCGGUCAAAGAGGAACCUCUGGCUACCGCCCUCUCCCCUCCUGCCCAGAAAGAGGAAGUCGAAAUCCAAAACCUUCUCUCCAUGAUACAACAGAAGAGGGUAGCAUCCCUUUAGAGAUGUAGGGACCGUAUCCCAAUUCUCUCUCCUUCCUCCCAAAGUGUGCUUGUCACUUCCCUUGACUGAUUUGAAAUGAGCGGUACUAGAGAUAUGGUGGUAUUCACUUCUUUAGUGGGAAGACCAUUUUUGGACCGAAUUUCUGUGGACUCACAACACCCCAAAACUAAACCUUCACAUUUUUACUUCAACUAAUAAAUACUUUUUCAAAUGAUCUCAAACACAUUUGUAUAUUGUCCAAUACAAUAAUCGUCACUUAAUGUUUAGUUCCCGAAACAUAGCGACCUGACAAUUUAUCCUUCAACUAGGCAAGUCAGUUAAGAACAAAUUCUUAUUUACAAUGACAGCCUAGGAACAGUGGGUUAACUGCCCUGUUCAGGGGCAGAACGGGGGAUUCGAUUUAGCAAACUUUAGGUUACUGGCCCAACGCCCUAACCACUAGGCUACCUACAAUACUUGCAGAUAUACCAGAGUGACUAAGAUGUGUAGGGGUCAGAGGUCCAUUUGGAAUUAACAAUGCGAGUGUAAAACACCCUGUUACUCAGAGCCACAAGGGAUUGAGUUCCCCCAGGAGACGACAGGGUGGUUUGGUGACCACUGCCUUACUGGAUCCAACUGACUGUCAGGGUCCUAAUCUGAGUUUAUGGGUAGAAUACACGUGAUAUCAUUGUACCCAUAACAUCAGGGUUGACUUCAGUGGUCACUAUUAUCCAUUAAUAUACAUGCAACAACUUCAAUGAUUUUACAGAGUUACAGUUCAUACAAGGAACACAGUCAAUUGAAAUAAAUGAGGCCCUAAUCUAUGGAUUACAUUUGACUGGGCAGGAGUACAGCCAUGUGAGAGCAUAGGCCCACCCACUGAGCCAGACAAUCAGAAUGAGCCCCCCUCCCCCGAUAAGGCUUUACUACAGCCAGAAAUACUGCAGGUCCAUCAGCUGCCAGGUGGCUGGUCUCAGACGAUGCUGCAGGUGAAGCCGGAUGUUGAGUUCCUGGGCUGGCAGGAUUACAAUUCCUGGUCGUGAGGCCGGUUGGAAGUACUGGCACAUUCUUUACAAAUGACUUUGAUGUGGGAAACUGUAGAGAAAUGACUCAAUUAUCUGGCAACCGCUCUGGCAGACAUUUCUGCAGUAAGCAUGCCAAUUGCACGCGCCCUCAACUUGACAGCUGUGGAAUUGCUACAAAAAUGCACAUUUUAGUGCGGCCUCGUUGUCCUCAGCACAAGGUGAACACGUGUCAUCAGCCCCACCUGUCAAGUGGAUGGAUUAUCUUGGAAAAGUCUAAAUGCUCAAAUUUGAGCGCUUUCUUCAUGCGUAUGGGACAUUUCAUUUCAGCUCAUGGAACAAUUUACAUGGUGAUAUGUGUUCACUAUUGUUUAAGAAUUGCUGAGUACUGGCCAAUCAAAAGGGCUUGCUAAAUCUUCUGAACCGAAACAGCUAGUAUUGUACCGCCGUCGAAAGUAGAGCGAUCGCUUAGUUGACUGUACAUGCUGAGCUGUCAGUCAACCCAGAACAUUCUGUCCCAUUGUCAGGUCACAAACACUGCUUUUCACAGCUACUCUUAAUCCCAGUAUGUUUGCAUACUAAAGUCUACGAACGAGAUGCGAGUCGUGUUGUCAUUAGGGCUCUAGAGUAUCUGUUGGGUCGUCAAUCUCAUUGAUUUGUGAGGCAUUUACCACCACAUCUUGCCUUGUCCACACCAUUCAUCAGGAAGUCAUAACCAGGACUCAAUACCUUGUAAGAAGUUUAUAUCAUUUAGUGGUAAAAAGUCCUGACCCAUUCCCUGAUGAGAAGCAGGCCUUCACAACUACAGGGGUCCAUGUCACAGACUGAGGAGCAAAAGAGAUGACAACCCAAAGUUGCGUACAACAUUUACACAUUUGUACAGUUGGCGACCCUGAUUAACAGCACAGAUGGAAACUACACCUCCAGAGAGCUGCUCUGUUCACUGGACCCAAUCACAUUGCUUAAUGUACCCCAGGAUGAACACCACUGCCUCAAUAUUCACCUCACUGCUCAGAGACAAAAUCACUCCAGAAAAGGGUUCCAAUGAAACACUUUAUUUCAAGAUCCAUAGUUUUUGAAAGACGUCUCAAUGGUUGCAGGUGUGCCAUCAACGUCAUCUUCCAUCUGUCGAGGAGCAAAGACAUUUAAUGAAAUCCUUUAGCAAACUGACCAGCAUUUAAAUUAAAGGAAGACU